AUGGUUUUGCUUCCGAGAGUUAUGUUGAAUACCUCUUUCAGAUGGUACGCCACUAACCAGAUUUUGCCGGACGGAUCGGUGAUUAUAAUCGGCGGAAGAGGCUCCAACACUGUCGAAUUUUUCCCUCCACGCAAAAACGGUGCGGUUUCGUUUCCCUUUUUGGCUGAAACGGAAGACACGCAGAUGGAUAACUUAUACCCUUACGUCCAUCUUCUUCCUAACGGUCACCUUUUCGUUUUCGCCAACACGCGGUCGGUGAUGUAUGAUUUCACGCGCCACGUCAUCGUUAAGGAAUACCCUAAAUUGGAGGGCGGUCCGCGGAACUACCCUUCUGCAGGGUCCUCCGCGAUGUUGGCUUUACAAGAGGACUACUCAAAAGCGGAGAUUGUUGUGUGCGGCGGCGCGCAAUACGGAGCUUUUUUGCUGCGGAGUACGGACUCCCCGGCGCACGGUAGCUGUGGGCGCAUACUAGCUCUGGGGGACAACGAAAAUCCGAAAUGGGAAAUGGAGAACAUGCCGUUUGGAAGAAUAAUGGGGGAUAUGGUGAUGCUUCCAAACGGCGACGUUUUGGUUAUUAAUGGAGCUAUGUCCGGAACACAGGGGUUUGAGUCGGCUAGUAAUCCUUGUUUGAACCCGGUUCUGUACCGGCCUGAUCAACCGGUUGGGUUGCGGUUCAUGGUUUUGAACCCUGGCACAGUUCCGAGAAUGUACCACGCAACGGCGAAUUUGUUACCUGACGGGAGGGUUCUCCUUGCGGGAAGUAACCCACAUGUUCUGUACCGGUUCGACGCUGAGUAUCCGACCGAGUUAAGAGUUGAAGCGUUUUCGCCCGAGUAUUUGUCCCCGGACAGGGCGAAUCUUAGACCGGUCAUUGAGGAGGUGCCCGAAACGGUGCGCUUUGGGGAGAGUUUCGAUGUGGUGGUUUCAGUUUCUUUGCCUGUGGUGGGGAUCGUCGAAGUGAAUUUGGCCAGUGCUCCUUUCGCUACGCAUUCGUUUUCGCAGGGACAACGUCUGGUCAAACUGGCGGUUUCCUCUGCUGCGCCAGACGGCGAUGGGAAGUACCGGAUUGGCGUCACCUCGCCACCAAGUGGGAAAGUGGUACCGCCAGGGUAUUACAUGGCCUUCGCGGUGAACCAGGGCGUGCCCAGCGUUGCAAAGUGGGUACACGUGGCGUAGCUGUGAAGUAACGAAGUUUGAUGCUGUUUUCAAAAUUAAAAUUCUAUUUAAUUUUAUUUACUUUUUGUUUAUUGGGCAGCUGGAAAAUUAAAAUUUAAAAUUUAGUUUAUGCAAUUGUUAAUAGGCGUUGGCAGCGUAGCCGUUAAUUGGAAACAAUGAUUAAUGAGACUUUAGCAAUGAAUUAUAGAUAUAAUUAAUACCGUACUACUACCAUGUGAUGUUUAGGUAGAUGGAUGUCUAUGUAUCAGAUAGUUAUGAUGU